AGGGUUUUGAACACUCUCGUCUUCCCAUCAUCAUAAACAGGGUUUUAGCCUCUAUUUUUCUCUCUCCCUCUCACUGAAACAUGGAUUCUUCGAUUGCUAAGCUUCACUGCCCUAACCAAUCCUUUAACCUGUCUCUCAAUUGCAACCGUCCAUCCUUCUCUAAGCCCUUAUUCUCCCUGUCCUUCAAAACCCAGUCGUCUCCUUUCAAAUUCUCCUCUGUUAGAGCUUCAUCGUCUCGUGCUCCACUCUAUAAAAUAUCGCAAACCCAUCAACCUUCUCUUCUUCAAACCCUAAACCCUCUCCUCAAAACCACCUGCAUCACUCUCACCGCGGCUGCUGCAUUAUUCUUCUCGCGGCUCUGUAAUAAACCCGCCAUUGCUGCACCUGCCACCGCCCCUGCUACCGUAGAGCCCGCCAAGCAAUCGUCGAAUGAGAAUUUAUCGUUUGAAGAACAAGAAAGAGCUCUUGAGGAGCACUUGAGUCGAAAUCCAGAGGAUACUGAAGCUUUACGAUCUCUUAUGGAGGUUAGGAUCAAGUCGAGGAAGCUUCUAGGAGCAAUUGAAGUUGUUGACCGUUUGAUUGAGCUUGAGCCCAAUGAGGAUGAAUGGCCAUUGCUGAAAGCUCAAAUUUAUAGUUACAGUGGAGAAUUUGAAUCGGCGAGGAAAGGGUUUGAGGAAAUAUUGGAGAAAGAUCCUCUUCGUGUUGAGGCUUAUCAUGGGUUAGUAAUGGCAAAUUCUGAAUCUGGUGAUUCAUUAGAUGAGGUGUUAAAAAGAAUUGAAGGAGCUAUGGAUAAAUGUAAGAAGGAGAAGAAGAAGUCUGAUUUGAGGGACUUUAAGUUAUUAAUUGCGCAAAUUAGAGUUAUGGAGGAGAAAUAUAUUGAUGCUCUUAAAGUUUAUGAGGAAUUGGUGAAGGAAGAGCCAAGGGAUUUUAGGCCUUAUUUGUGUCAAGGAAUUAUAUAUACUUUGAUGAGGAAGAAAGACGAGGCAGAGAAAAAAUUUGAGCAGUUUAGGAAGCUUGUGCCUAAGAAUCAUCCGUACAGGGAGUUUUUCCUUGAUAACAUGUUUGCAACAAAGUUCUUCUCGGAGAAAGUCCAAAGGGAAGGAGCUGGUUCGAGUAGGUAAAACGAAUGGAAAAUGAAUUUAGGUGAGAGGGUAAGAGCAAGUUUUCUUUUUUUUUUUUCCCCCUUUAUUUUUGUCUUUGUUUUGUUAAAUUCCUCGGAUAUUAGUUCUAUAAAGAUUUCAUUUUGCAUGCUAGUUACAAGUAGUCUCAGUGAAUACCUAGUGUUUGUUUGGAUGGAUAAUUCUGAUCCUUUGUUUAGUAGAGAAUUGGAUAUGAUUGUCAUAUAGACUUUGAAAUGGUAAUAUUUUGUUUAGAUUUGAUUUUCA